AAAUGUCUUGAAGUAGAUUGGGUAUAAUGUGCUGUGACUAUAUAAACAAUCUAAAUUUGCAAAUAAAGAAGCAGGAUGGGAUGAGGAGCCAAAACAAGAAAAUGGGAGGUGGAAGAGGGGAAUCACUAGUUAGUUUUCUCAACUGUUAAGACAGCAAGUGAUUACACCACUUAGAAAAACAUGGAAUCUUUCGGUGAAACAAGCAAAAUGGUACAUGCUGAAGCCUUCUCUCGUCCUCUUAGUCGGAAUGAAGUUGUAGGUUUAAUUUUCCGGUUGACAAUAUUUGGUGCUGUGACCUAUUUUACUAUUAAGUGGAUGGUAGAUGCAAUUGAUCCAACAAGGAAGCAAAAAGUAGAAGCUCAGAAACAGGCAGAAAAGUUAAUGAAGCAAAUAGGCGUGAAAAAUGUGAAACUUACAGAGUAUGAAAUGAGCAUUGCUGCACAUCUCGUAGACCCUCUUAGCAUGCACGUAACAUGGAAUGACAUUGCAGGUUUAGACGAAGUUAUUACAGACCUGAAGGACACAGUAAUUUUGCCAAUCAGGAAGAAACAUCUGUUUCAGAACUCCAGACUCUUACAGCCACCGAAAGGAGUACUUCUCUACGGCCCUCCAGGCUGUGGUAAAACCUUGAUUGCCAAAGCUACAGCGAAGGAAGCAGGUUGCCGAUUUAUUAAUCUUCAACCCUCCACACUGACAGACAAAUGGUACGGGGAGUCUCAGAAGCUGGCUGCAGCUGUUUUUUCUCUUGCUAUGAAGCUUCAACCUUCCAUCAUCUUUAUUGAUGAAAUAGAUUCCUUUCUGCGGAGUCGUUCAAGUUCUGAUCAUGAAGCCACAGCUAUGAUGAAAGCCCAGUUCAUGAGUCUCUGGGAUGGCCUGGACACCGACUAUAACUGCCAAGUGAUAGUGAUGGGAGCCACCAAUCGCCCUCAGGAUCUUGACUCGGCUAUUAUGAGAAGAAUGCCCACACGAUUUCAUGUCAAUCAACCUGCAUUGAAGCAGAGAGAGGCAAUCUUGAAGCUGAUUUUGAAGAAUGAGAAUGUGGACAGGCGUGUCGAUCUCCUUGAAGUUGCUAAGGAAACAGACGGGUUCUCAGGAAGCGACUUGAAAGAAAUGUGCCGUGAUGCCGCGCUGCUCUGUGUCAGGGAAUAUGUUAAUUCAACAUAUGAAGACAGUAAUGAAGAAGAUGAAAUUCGACCCGUGCAGCAGAGGGAUCUGAACCGGGCAAUUGAGAAGAUGAGGAAGUCCAAGGAUGCUACAAAUCAGAGUGUUCUAAUGCACGUUAGUUUAGAUUAAGGCUAAGGAAUGCCCUCACAUGGUCUCAUUCGGUGACUUUUUUUUUGUCGUUUAGAUAGUGGAAAUGAAUUGGAAGCAGAAAUAUCCUUUUAAUAAGUGUUGACGGAAUUGUUUUUUUAUAUGCAGAUACCUUAAGUUAUUGAAAUCUGAUAAUAUUGCAAAAUUGGAUGUGGCCUCUCUAACAGAUCAUGACAUGGGAGAAUGUAGUCUAGCUCGAAAACAAUGUCUUGUUUCAUGGUUUCAGCCUUAAAAGCCUGUCGUUUGGUUCAAGUA